AAAAUUUUAUUUGUUUGUUCUGUCUCAAAAUCCGUAUAAAAGCUCGACAUAAUUGCGAUCAAAUCAGUUUCGGUUACGGUCUCUAACGAAUACUAAGGUCCUAAGACCAAAAUGAUUCCUACUUUCGUGCUCUUCGUUUUAAGCAUAGCAGAGAUGCAUGCUCAUGCUGCUCCUCAAGAUGAACUAAUUCCUCAGAAUUAUUAUAAUCCACCACCGGACGUACCUCCAACUUCACACCCUCCUUCAGCAGCAACAGCUGACGCACCAUUUGCGUACCAAGGGUAUCCACCCAACUUCUACCCCGGGAAUACACCUCGAAGUCCCCCGUUCUACUCUAGCUUCAAAAAUCUCAACUACCCCGUUCAUCCGAUUCCUAACAAUCCCGCCCCAAAAGCCCCAUUAUCUCAACCAGUACAACCUGUUCCAGUUCAAGUACCUAUAACACAAAGUGUUCCAAUAGCAACCCCACUUCCACUCUUACCUCAGCCCACUGUACCAAAUGUUCUAAUACCAAUAAAUACAGCUCAGGCAACAACCUACAGUAGCAAUGCGUCCAGACGAAUUUUUAGACGCAGAGCGCCUAAAAGUGGGUCUAACAGUUAUAGUUACAUUUACAUAUCUGGCUAUGGCUCCGCUUCAGCUAGUGGAAACAAGUUAGCAACUAGCUCUGGUGGAAACACAGCUGGAUGGACUUCAGGAUCUGGCCCAGGAUUAGGAUCUGGCACAAACACUGGGGGAAAUACAGGAGGAACUAGCUCUGGCUCUAGUUCAAGGUCACGCUCAGGCUCACGCUCAUGCUCAGGCUCAGGAUCAUGUACAGGCACAGGAGCAUGCUUAGGCGCAGGAUCUUGCUCAGGGGUAGACUCAGGCAAAGGCCCACGAUCAUGCUCAGGCCCAGGAUCAUGCUCAGGCUCAGGAUCAGGCUCAGGGUCAGGAUCAUGCUUAGGCACAGGAUCAUGCUCAGGCAAAGAUUCAGGCAAAGGCCCAGGAUCAUGCUCAAGCCCAGGAUCAUGCUCAGGAUCAGGAUCAGGCUCAGGCUCAGCAUCAUGCUCAGGCUCAGCAUCAUGCUCAGGCGCAGGAUCAGGCUCAGGCGCAGAAUCAUGCUCAGGAUCAGAAUCAUGCUCAGGCGCAGGAUCAGGCUCAGUUAAAGGAUCAUGCUCAGUCGCAGGAUCUUGCUCAGGAUCAGGCUAAGGCUCAUUCUCAGGAACCAGCACAAGAGGAACUAACUUUGGAUUAGAUAGACUACAUUUUAUAAGAUUUCUAUCUAUAGAUAGAAAUAGAUAUAAGGCUUUCAAAUUCCAGAUAUCGAACCAGUCAUCCUCGGAAUCGUACCUUACCCGCAAUCAAAGGGCAAACUGAGAGGAUUUGCUUCAGUAACUACUUACAGAUGCCAGCAGUCAUUCGCAAUCAAUUUAGAUUUUACUAAACCGACAUUUAUAAGUAAGCAAGCAUUUUAAAAAUCAAUCUAUGUAUUGAAUCAAAAAUAUU